UCCCCGUCCCUCUUUCCCCGGGUGGCACCAUGGAGGCCGAGCCCACGGGCCUGAAACCCCCUCGGCGGAGACGGGGCAGGGCAAGUGCAGGGCCCCGCGCCAGCCGCUCGCCCCCGGCGGCCAGCACCCCCGGUGGGGCCGCGUCGUGCAGCCGGUAUCCUCUGAGACGAGGCAGCUCUUUCACGUUUCUGACUCCAGGACCACACUGGGACUUUACCCUGAAAAGGAAGCGCCGAGAGAAGGACGAUGAUGUGGUCAGUCUCUGCAGCCUUGACUUUAAGGAGCCAAGCAAUAAACGGGUUCGGCCUUUAGCACGGGUCACAUCCUUGGCGAACUUGAUCUCUCCUGUAAGAAAUGGUGCAGUUCGGCGCUUUGGGCAGACAAUACAGUCAUUCGCCCUUCGCAGCGACAGCAAAUCCCCUGGCUGUGCCCAGAAGUCAUGUAGCAGAUCCGCUGCUCCCACCCCUCCUAAAAGAAGAAACAGUGUCCUCUGGUCUGAGAUGCUAGAUGUCAACAUGAAAGAAUCCCUGAGCACCAAAGAAAUCAAGCGCCAGGAGGCAAUAUAUGAAAUGUCCAGAGGAGAGCAGGACCUAAUUGAAGACCUGAAGCUUGCCAGAAAG